UGAGCCCUAAACGCUUCUGACCAGCUUUAAAAGAUACUACAAAGAAGGAAGGAAACAACAUGGCGGCCGACAAAUCUACUAAAGAUAAACUGUUGUCCGCUCUAAAUGAUAUCGAAGUGUUAUCCAGAGAACUGAUAGAGAUGCUUGCGUUGUCGAGAAGCCAGAAACUCCCCCAGCCUGGAGAAGACACUCAGGUCUUGGAGCUGCUUGUGCAGAGGGACAAAGAGUUCCAGGAGCUGAUGCGGAUGGCCUCGAAGCAGGGCCGGACUCAUGAGGAGAUGCAGAAACUGGAGAAAGAAGUGGAGAAGAGGGACGGAGACAUCCAGUUGUUGCAGAAGCAGCUCAAGGAGGCUGAGCACAUCCUGGCUACUGCUGUGUACCAAGCCAAAGAGAAACUCAAAUCCAUCGAGAAGGCCAGAAAAGGCAGCAUUUCUUCAGAGGAAAUUAUAAAGUAUGCCCACAGGAUCAGUGCCAGUAAUGCUGUAUGUGCUCCUCUGAACUGGGUCCCAGGUGAUCCCCGGCGGCCAUAUCCUACUGACCUUGAGAUGCGCAGUGGAAUGCUGGGUCAUAUGUGUAACCUGUCUACCAAUGGUUUAAAUGGACACCUGCCUGGAGACGCACUGGCUGCUGGGAGAUUACCAGAUGUGCUGGCCCCUCAGUACCCAUGGCAGGCAGCCGAUGUUGCCAUGGCAAUGCCUCCACCACCUCACCAUGGUAACGACCUCGGUUUGGAGUUGCCGGGGCACAAUAAGGAGAACGAGGACGAUGUGGAAGCCAUGAGCACCGACUCGUCCAGUAGCAGCAGUGAUUCGGACUGAGAGUGCAUGAGUGAGAGACAAUACACAAUUCAACAAAAGGACUUGAUGUGUGAAGUAUCUUAAUCUGAUAUCUUCACUUAAGAUAUCUUUAAGGUUUUUAUUAUUAACUUCAUUCUUUUUGCAUUGCUAAUGCUAGCCUGAUCUCAGUCAGCAGAACAGAACACGUGAUACCAAGCUAAAGCAAUUUAACCAUGUAAUUUUACAUACAUCAGGUUUAGACUGUACAGUGUUUACAAGGAGCAUCUGAGAAUUUAAGAAUAUUUUGUUACAUUAUGAACACUUUUUUCAUUAUCUCUUCUGUGUCCUGUUGCUCCUGGAGCUGGGUGUUGAAUUGUGGCUUUGUUUGAGCUUGUAAUUCAGCUUGUGUAAAUAUAACUGUAAAUAUGUUUGAGUUUGAAUUGUAAAUAAAGUUUAUUUGGUAAAA